AUGGAAGAUUGGUCAAAAUAUGCAAAUAGUCCUGCUCAUUUGGCCGUAUUGCAGCGUGACUAUGCCACAUUGAAACGGAUUAUUGCUGCCCUUCCUAUGCUGGCUAAGGUGGGGGACGUGGCUACUGAGGCUGAGUCGUUGGCUGCUGAACAGGAUGCUGAUGCUGUGUCUGCAGUGAUUGACAGACGGGAUGUUCCAGGCAGGGAAACUCCUUUGCACCUCGCAGUGCGCCUUUCUGAUGCAACUUCAGCUGAGAUUUUGAUGGCGGCAGGUGCUGAUUGGAGCCUUCAGAAUGAGAACGGAUGGAGUGCUCUCCAAGAGGCAGUUUGUAAUAGGGAGGAGAACAUCGCUAUGAUCAUUGCCCGGCACUACCAGCCUCUUGCUUUGGCCAAAUGGUAUCGUAGGCUUCCUAGGAUUGUGGCAUCAGCAUCCAGGAUUCGUGACUUUUAUAUGGAGAUAACCUUCCACUUUGAGAGCUCAGUUAUACCAUUUAUUGGGAGAAUUGCACCAUCAGACACUUAUCGAAUAUGGAAACGGGGUUCUAAUCUCCGUGCAGAUAUGACGCUUGCAGGGUUUGAUGGGUUUCGUAUUCAACGGUCUGAUCAAACGUUUCUCUUCCUUGGAGAGGGGUAUUCUUCAGAAGAUGGCAAUGUACGUUUGGCUCCUGGCUCUUUGAUAGUGCUCGCCCAUAAGGAGAAAGAAAUCACAAAUGCUUUAGAGGGAACUGGUGUUCAACCAUCGGAAGCUGAAGUUGCUCAUGAAGUGGCCUUGAUGUCCCAAACUAAUAUGUAUAGACCAGGAAUUGACGUUACUCAGGCUGAGCUUGUUCCCCAUUUGAAUUGGAGAAGACAAGAGAGGACUGAGAUGGUUGGAGCUUGGAAGGCCAGAGUUUACGAUAUGCUUCAUGUAAUGGUAAGCGUGAAGUCAAGGAGAGUUCCUGGUGCUAUGACUGAUGAGGAGCUCUUUUCAGGGAAUGAUGAUGAUAGAAUUGCGAAAGGGGGUGAACAUGAUGACUAUGAUGAUGUCUUGACUGCUGAUGAAAGAAUGCAGUUAGAUUCUGCUCUUCGCAUGGGAAACUCUGAUGAUCUUGGUGAGGAUGAGGAGCCCAAGGUUAUUGAUUGCCGUGAAAAUUUUGAUAGGGGUUCAUAUGAAAGUUGUGAAUCCAAUGGUGUGACAAAAGAGAAGAAAAGUUGGUUUGGCUGGAAUAAAAAAGGUUCAAAGAACUCUGGAGAUGAUCCUGAGGAUUCAAAGAUUCUGAAGAAGUUCUCAAAGUUGGCACCUGAUGAUAGCAAGCAGCGACACAAUGACAGCCGCAGAUCAUCAUCUGAGUUUCCUAGGGAAGAUACUGGUGACCUUAAAAAGUCCAAAGAUAAAAGCAGCAAGAAGAAAAAUAAGAAAGGUGCUGCAAGUGAGCCGAAAAGUGAUAGUGAGUAUAAGAAAGGUCUAAGACCUGUUUUAUGGUUGACACACGAUUUCCCUUUGAAAACAGAAGAACUAUUGCCUUUGCUUGACAUACUGGCUAACAAGGUAAAAGCUGUCAGGAGACUGAGGGAGCUUUUGACAACUAAACUUCCUCCUGGAACCUUUCCUGUCAAGAUUGCCAUCCCGAUUGUCCCAACUAUACGGGUUCUGGUAACAUUUACAAAGUUUGAGGAGCUUCAGCCAACAGAGGAGUUCUCGACCCCUCUUUCAAGUCCUGUGUAUUUCCAAGAUGCAAAGUCAAAGGAGUCAGAGGGUUCUACAUCAUGGAUUUCAUGGAUGAGAGGAAAUGGCGGAGCUCAAUCAAGUGAUAGUGAAAGUCGCAGCUUUCGAGAUGAGAUAGACCCUUUCCACAUACCAUCUGACUAUGCAUGGGUUGAUGCCAAUGAGAAAAAACGUAGAAUGAAGGCUAAGAAAGCAAAAAGCAAGAAACAUAAAAAACACGCUACACAUCUGAAUCCUCUCAAAGUUAAAGAGCUGUGUGUAGCGAACAUGCUCUGCAUGUUAAAAACCUGGAAGAAGUUAUCGUUGCAGAAUAAGAUGUGA